UGCAACUUUUGGUGACUGAUCAGAGAGGGAGUUUGACUGAAAGGCGUUCGACCAUACUACUCAGCAGGAUUGCGCUUGACGAGCAUCAUGCUGCUAUUUCGCGCUGUGCUGAGCUCGCUGCUCAUUAUUCCGAACGACGCGCUCGCUCUCGGUGAUCCGAAAUGCGUUUCAUUCCCCACUUCACCUUACGCCGUACACGAUUCAACCACUCUCUCAGAUACCCUCCUCGCCGCUGUCAAAACAUCUUGGCGUACAUUACUUGGCCGACGAUCUACCAAUGACGUCGAUUCGAGCGCGACGACGUUGCCGCCCUCACCCUUCAUCAUCUCUUCUCAUAUACCUCGUCGUCGGAUCCGACAUUCUCCUCCUAUCCUUAUUGAUUCAACGGACGAUGAAGCGAUUCAUAUCGCCGCUCAUUUCUUCGCGAAUGAUAUCGAGCGUGUGACGGGACUCAAACCGGCUGUCUAUAAUGAUACGAUUCCUCGAGGUGUCGAAAGUGCCAUCAUCGUUGGCUCUGUGGACAGUUCACUCGUUCAGUCCUUCGAGCCCGAUUGGACGGAUGAUAUGAAAGGCAGGUGGGAAGUUUGGGACGCGAGAGUCGUCAAAAAUCCGAGAGUCAAGGGAGAUCUCGAAGAGGUGUUGAUGCUCACUGGAUCUGACAGACGGGGCACUAUCUACGCCUUAUACUCCAUCUCGGAACAGAUGGGCAUCUCCCCUUGGUACUGGUGGGACGACGUGCCUACUCUCAAACACGAGACAAUCGCAUUUGACAGCUCUAAAAUCUGCUCUCACGGUGAACCAACUAUCAAAUACCGUGGCCUGUUCCUCAAUGAUGAGUUACCUGCACUUUGGAAUUGGGCAAGGGAUUACUUUGAGAUACCAUUACCUCAAUGUCCAUUCCAAGUAGGGAUGUACGAACGGGUGUUUGAGCUUUUGCUACGGCUCAGAGCCAAUUAUCUCUGGCCAGCGAUGUGGGCAGGCAUGUACUACGUCGACGGUCUGAAUCCCGAAGCAAAUGGUCUGCCUCAACCUGCUAUACCCGGUCCCAAUCAGGUCCUGGCUCAACGAAUGGGUAUCGUCUCAGGUACAUCGCACCAUGAACCCAUGGCGCGUAACAAGGCCGAAUGGGAUUUAGAGGGCAGUGGACCGUGGGACUGGACGAACAACGAGACAUUGAUCAAGUGGUGGGAAUACGGUGCGGAACGGGCAAAAGGUCUCGAAACCAUGUACACUUUGGGCAUGAGGGGCGAUGGAGAUAGUCCUCUGAUCGGAGCAAGUCCCGAACUCGUCGAAGGGAUCGUUGACGUUCAACGGGAUAUCCUGCGAAGGGUCAACAAGAGAACGGAUAUCUCUGAUAUGCCACAGACUUGGGUCAUGUACAAGGAAGUCCAAGGGUUCUAUCAGCAAGGUCUCAAAGUGCCUGAAGAUGUCACCAUCAUGCUCGCGGAUGACAAUUGGGGUAAUGUCAUGGCCACACCGAGGCGAGAUGUCACACACAAGGGGGGCGCCGGGCUUUACUAUCAUGCCGAAUACGUCGGUGUGCCCAGAUCGUACAAGUGGAUCAAUACUAUCUCCCUCGCCAAAAUGUGGGAACAACUCGACAUUGCACAGGCAUUCGACAUCAAUCAAGUCUGGAUUCUGAACGUCGGUGACCUCAAGCUCACUGAGAUUCCCCUUGAUUACUUUACCAAUAUUGCCUAUGAUUCUAGUCGAUGGGGUAGGAACUCAGUGACGCCAUGGAUGAAGGAAUGGGCCACCCGAGAUUUUGGACCGGAGUACGCAGACGAAGUGGCUCACGUCCUAGGCACCUUCUCACGCUACGUGUCCCGAGUGAAGCCUGAACUAUUACAUCCCCAACACUGGUCCCUUUACAAUUACGAAGAAGCCGAAAGAGCUCUUGCAGAGUGGGACGAUCUCGAGUCUCGAUCCGACGCCCUCUUCCAUGCCAUGCCCAAAGCUACUCGUACAGCUUAUUUCGAACUCAUACAUGGCGUAGUCAGGCUAAUGGCGAAUCUCAAUCGGCUGUAUGUGGCGACGGGACGUAACAAUGCGUACGGCGAUCAAGGGAGAACGUCGACCAACAUGUGGGCUGAGAAAGCUAUCGAGUAUUUCAAGACGGAUGGUGAGAUCACAAGGGAGUAUCAUGAACUGUAUGGCGGCAAGUGGGAUCAUGUUCUUGAUCAAGCACAUAUCAACUUCAAUGCACCUGUCGAAAGGCAGCGAAACUUCAUGCCGCCCGUCACCUUUAUCGAAACUUUCCUUCCCUCACGUCCUUCGCGCGAGGCGAAACCACCAGGCUUACCAUCCUAUUACAAAGUCGCAGUCGAGAAUUCUCGAGGAUCUUGGCCAGGAAGCGAUUUUGAUCGCUGUCCCGGGUGGAGCUCGGAAUGUUGGAAUCCUUUGCUCAAGUCAAUGGACCCGUAUGGCGCAUCAUCUCGCUGGAUCGACGUCUACUCUAGUGGACCCAAAGAUGUCGAUUUUGUCAUUGACACUAAUGUUACUUGGCUCGUCCCAUCCAUCACGCAAGGCCAUGUCAAACUUGACGGUAGUCGGGAUAUCCGAUUCUCCGUUUCGAUCGACUGGGAGAAACUCCCUUCAAAAGGAGAGAUGUAUUCUACCGGCGGAGGAAUGACGAUCCACGGCAGUGAUCAUACCAACGUCACUGUUAACAUUCCCGUCGCUGUGCCUGCCAAGUCUGCCCUUCCGCCAUCCGAUUUCCACGGCUUUAUCGAAGGUGAUGGAUAUAUCGUGAUUGAAGCUGGUCACUAUACCUCAAGUCACUCGGCCCAGGGAUACGCAUGGGAAGAGCACGAAUGGUACGGUCGGACCGUUUCUGGCCUAUCUGUCUUGCCAGUUUCAGACCAGAACCUCACUAUUGGUGAAGGACCCAGCCUCACAUACGAAUUCUGGACUACUGCCACGACUUCGAAGGACAAGGCAGAACUCACGGUCCAGAUUGGACCAUCUAUCAAUUUCAUUUAUGGCAAAAAGCUGGCUCUGGGUAUUCAGUGGGAUGACAAGGAUCCUCAGAUCAUCACGCCUAUCCCUGAUUCAGUGACUAUCGAACACGGCGGCACAGUGCCUCCCGAUUGGCUCGACGUGGUAGCUCAAGAAAUCCGAAAUGUCACCAUGACCAUUGACGAUAUUGGAAAGCCGGGCAAACACUCUGUGACCAUCUGGGGAAUGACCGCUGGCAUAGUCGUUGAGAGAGUCCUCUUAGAUUUCGGAGGUAUCAGAGAGAGAGGAUAUAGUUAUCUUGGUCCACCCGAGUCGAGAAAACUGUAAAGCAUUU